AUGGCUUCGAGCGGUGUCGCCUAUGAUUCCGGCUUGCUGAUGUUGGCAUCGGUGCUGGUGAUCUUAGCGGUGAACGCUGCUUGGAAGCUCUGGGUGAAACGCCGAGCACCGAGCACGCGCCAGGUACAGCUCCAAAGAGAGCCGUGGUUAGCUCGCUUCGACACUCCCGCGCCACAGCUACUGCGGCGCCGGCGGCCAACUGAAGGGCCCCAGCCAAAGGCGGCUCACCGCAGCUCUGAACCGGUCGCAGUUCCGGAGGAUCUGCCUGAGAUUCCUGGAACUGCGAUGGGUUUGGACCUGCCACAGCUGGGAGCUGAAGAGCCUCCCCCAGAGGCCGCCGGAGGGAUGUCCGAGGACGUAGUCGUUUUGGGCGCUCUGCAAGGGGCAGACGAAGCUCAAGAUGUGGAAGAGGCCGAGCAGGUCCUGCGCUGA